AUGGCGUUCCUGCAGCGGCUCAUGAACUACUGGCUGAAUGAGGUCCUGGUCAACACUCUGGCCAACAGCCGGACGUUCCAGAAGUUCGCUGUGCGGUCCAGCGCCUCCGUGGAGGAGCUGGCGAAGAAGACUGCGGAACACAAGGAGCGGAUAGCGGGCCAGGGUGGCGAUUUCAUGAAGGUUUUCCGGGAAGAGAUGACCAAGGGCCUAAGCGAUCUCCAGAAGAAGGGCGGGAAGUUGUAG